AAAGGUGACUUAAAACAAAAAAAUAAUCGAAAGGGUGGCAGACACCCCGCGGUCGUACUGAAGUCCGCCCCGUAUCGCCGAGACGUGAACUUUCGCCUGAAAUGGACGUGGGUGGUAGGAGCCUGUGGCUCGGUGCCCGUGAGGUUGUUCGUCAGGGUGGAGACUGACUCACCUGAGGAGGGUGGGGCGCCGCGAAGGGCUGGGCGCCAAACACUCCGCCCUCUGGCAGCGGCCGCGCCUCACCCCGCAGUUGGAAAGCAGAGAGAAGAGGCGAGCGGCUCGGGGUCCCGGAAGGGGGGGUGGGUGGGCACGCAGAUAAGAGUUCCUCGGGAGAACUUGGCCGCAGGGGCUGCGAAGAUGUACGUGAUGCAAGAGACUCACUUCCUGAAGUCCGCCUUACCGACGGACGCCCCGGUCUCCACCCUGGCCGUGCCGUCGGAGAGCCAGCUGGACCAUCGGAACGGGCACCAGCAGCGGACUCAGCAGAAGAGCAUGAGGGUGCAGGAGCAGGUGAUGACCAUGCUGAAGAACAGUAGCGGCCGGGCCGGUGGCUCGUCCUACGCGGGCUCGGUUCAUGGAGGUUCUGGAGGAAUGACAAGAUAUCAGACAACAACUAUGCCAGGUUUCAGCUCCAAGUCACAAGUUCCUUUAACAGAGAAAAAGUAUUCUACCGUCAAGCCAUCUGUGUACCGACACGGAGGCAGUCAGAACUGGUCGUCCCGCUCAGCUGUGGGAGAUUAUGCCUUUAAAAGGGCAUCCGGGGCAAGUCAGUAUGACAGACAGGGGGAGGAGGUCGUCUCUCGCUACAGAUCUAUUUCCAGUCAUCAGACCAAUCCCAGACCAAUGUCCUUUCACCAGUCUUCACGGUACAGAUAUGCCACCCUAUCUCAGUUGGGACAACAGGACAGUGAUAACUUAUCUCUGCGCUCAUUGCAGUUGCCAGGCAAAUAUGCUCAGAAAAAACCUUGGUCUGGAUCUCAACUGAAUGGGCAGGCUAUGUACCAGAGACCAGAUGAUGAAGAAAUUAGCAUGAUCUCGGAUCAGGUUGAUAAUGGCUACAUGUCUGGUGGUAAUGAAUAUGGCAGCAGGACAAACUACACAGUGAGUAAGCGGAUGAGUAUAGGAGGCUCUGUGAAAAGCUCAGCAAGGAUGUCAAGUGGGUCAACAGGCAUGGCUGGUUAUGCGGCAGAAGAAAUAGAGGAGACGUCCGUACGCCGGCAAGUUAGGCCCCCGGCUCAGCGCACACUGCAGAGGGUCCAACAAUGCAGCAAAGUCUCUCGAGGAAGAGCAGGUUCGAGUUCACAGAUUUCAGUGCAAAUGUCGCGCACUCCAUCUCUGCACAGCCUGACUGGAAUGCAAGCUGGUGCCCAAGAACUGGGAGAUCAGCAAAUGCAACAGUUACAAAUGGAUAUGAACAGAUUUCAGAUGUCACAGACUGAUGUAAUGAACCUGCCUACAGCUGUGCAACUUCUGAGCAGCCACGAUGUUAAUAACCAGGUUAUUGGAGCUGGGUACAUUCAGCAUACGUGCUACCAUGAUGCAAAUGCUAAAACACAGGCCUAUAACUUGAAUGCCAUCCAACUACUAGUGAAGCUUUUCAACCACGAUGCAUUGGAGGUUCAGAGGAGUGCUACAGCAGCAAUGCGUAACCUGAUCUACAACAACAAUGUAAACAAACUGGAGCUGGUCAAGCAGAAUGGAAUCCCUAAGAUGAUGCAGGCAAUCAGAGUUAAGGAUGAAGAACUGAAGGCCAACAUCACAGGAAUUUUGUGGAAUCUGUCUUCCAAUGAGGAUCUGAAGAAUACUCUUGCUCAAGGGGCAUUAGAUGAAGUCACUCAAGAAAUCCUUUCUCCUUACUCAGGCUGGAGUAAGAGUAUAAAUGAGCACCAGCUUCCUUCAGAGGAUAAUGUCUUCUUUAAUACAACUGGCUACAUUAGAAAUCUAAGCUCGGGAAAAGUGGAAACUCGUCAGAAAAUGCGACAAUGCAAAGGUUUAGUGGACUCGCUGGUCUAUUACAUCCAGCACUGUCUUGAUGUCGGCAACACUACUGAUAAGAGUUUGGAGAAUUCGGCCUGUGUUCUGCGUAACCUGUCCUAUCGCCUUUAUGAAGAAAUACCAUCGUAUUACCAGAACCGAUUGGAGGGUCCUGGCAGGAAUGACAGAAGUGCAAGGAAGAAUGAUGUUGUGGGAUGUUUCACUCCUCAGAGUCGGAAAGUUAAAGAGAUCAAUACAGACAUGGCAAUGUUUUCUGAAGUAUCAAAAAAUCCAAAAGGAAUGGAGUGGCUGUGGAACCCCGCCAUAGUGAAAAUGUACAGCAAACUCUUGGAGCAUAGCGAGUGUAACCUGCAGACCACUGAAGCUGCCUUGGGAGCGCUACAGAAUAUUACAGCAGGAGACUGCCGGUGGGCCUCUGUGGUGAGUCGAUUGACAAUGGAUCAAGACCGAACGUGGUUCACGCUAAUUGACUAUUUGAAGAACAAUAACGAGAACGUAUUAAAAGCCUUGACUGGCCUACUUCGAAAUCUUACCAUACACGCAAAGAAUAAGGAAGAUGUCUCAAUCAAAAUCAUUGGACCCCUCUUGAAUAAAUUACCAGAGGAUGUCAACUACUCUUCACCAUCGAAUGAGGUGGCUGCGAAUAUUUGCUCGAUACUCAACAGUCUAGUAAUCGAGACCAGUGAAGCUCCCAGACAAAUUGUAAACCAUAAUGGAUUAAGAAAGAUCAUGAACAUCAAAGAGAGAAGAGAUAGUGAAUCUGAGAAAGCUGCAAAAGCUGCUUCUAGCCUUUUGGGAAAUAUGUGGUAUUACAAGUCCAUGCACCGUGAAUACAGAUCGAGGGGCUUCGUAAAGAACAAUUUUGUGUCCCACUGAAAUCUAAUCGGACACCAUGGCUUCAAUCAAAACUGGAAACAAAGGCAAAUACUACUGAAUGUGCCACUUCGAAAAUAGAUAUAAACAUGAACUUUUUUUUGUUUUCAUGUACUUAAUACUUACUUAGUAGUGUCUGAAUCUAAUCAAAGAGCAUUGGGGCCGAACAUUGCCAUUGGCAACACUGAGGUCUGAUGCACGCAAGUGAAAGUUAUAUUACCAAAAUGUUUAUAUUAAAAGUUAGUAAUAAACAA